AUGGAGAAACCACAAACUUUUGUUGCGAUACCGAAAGUUCUGAAACUGGAUCCAGAGCAUUAUGGGCAUUGGAAUGUAUCGGUCAAACAGGCUAUUCAAGGUAUUGACAUGGAGGCCUGGUUUGCUGUUGAAGAUGGCUGGACCGAACCAAUGGUCAAAAAUGAUAAGGGUGAAUCGAUGGCCAAACCUUGGAAGCAGUGGGCUGCUGAAGAAAAGGCUGAGGCUAAACACAAUUCUCAGGCCUUAUCGGUGAUCUUCAACUCCCUGCCGCUGGAUCAGUUCAAUAGUGUCCAGGGGUGUGUAGCAGCGAAAGAAGUUUUGGAUAUCCUCCAAGUUACCUUUGAAGGGACUAGCAAUGUAAAAAGGACAUGGCUGGACAAUCUGGCCACAAAUUUCGAGAAUCUUUCCAUGGAAGAAGGAGAGACCAUUGCAAGCUACAACAGUCGGUUGAGCGCUAUUGCACAAGAAGCUGAUAUCAUGGGAAAACGGUACAAGGACAAGAAGCUGGUGAAGAAAUUCCUUAGGAGCAUUAAAGACAAGUUCCAACCACAUAGAUCUGCUAUCGAUGUCUCUUUGAACUCAGAUGAGUUGAAGUUCAGUCAGGUUGUUGGGAUGAUGCAGUCGUUUGAGAUGCAACUUAAGAAAAAAGAACAUGGCGCUGAACGAUCAUUUGCUCUAAAGGCUGUUGAAGCUCCGAAGGAUGUUGAGACACAAGAUGCUGUAGAUGAAGAGAAAGUUGGAUCACUUGUUAGGAAAUUCUUCAAAAAAAUGGAGCGUGGUCAGAACAGAGGAUCCUUAUCUACAGUCAGAAGAUACGGACAUCUCAAAGCAGAGUGUCCUAACUACAAACGGAGAGGAUUGAUGCAGUGCUAUGGUUGCAAGGGAUAUGGUCACUCCAAGGCUGAAUGCCCUACUAAGGAGAGUAGAUCAAAGUCAUUUGUAGUAUGGAGUGAUAAUGACUCUGAUGAUAACGAGCAAAAUGGUGAAAUUCUCAACAACUAUGUGGCUCUGCUAGGAGUCAUUGAGGAGGACGAAGUGGUGGAACAGGUUGAAAAGGAUCAAUCAGCUAUUGUGUCAGAUUCUGAAGAUGACGAGAAAACUAAGGAGUAUGAUGUGCUGCUAGCGGAAAAAACAGAUUUGCUGGCAAAAUUCAACUUGCUGUCAUCAGAUCUUGAAGAGGAAAGAGCUAAGUCCCAGGGUUUGGAAAACCAACUGGAAGAGCAGCUCAAAAAUAUCAGAAUGCUGAGCAAAGGAACAAAGGAUCUUGACACUAUUUUGAGUAGUGGGAGGAUGGGUAAUGCUAAGUGGGGGCUUGGGUAUCAAGGUGCUGAUGCCUCAACGUCCAAAAAGUUUUUCAAGGGCCUUGAUCAAGAGAAUAAAGAAGCUACACUCAUCCAAUCAAAGACACAAGCGACAGUUCCUAUCAAAACCGACUCUCAUCAAGUCAGAAAAUUUAAUCCUCAAAGAAGAUUUCAGGCUGCCUAUCAAGCACCAUUCAGAGUUGUGCCAGUGAAUCAGUCAUUUGAUCCAUAUGGUUUGACUCCGAGUCACUACUCAACAAGUCAGGCAUUUGGACCAGCUUAUCAAGUUUCACGAAGUCGGAAGAAUGGGUGUUGGUAUUGUGGGAAUCUAACUCACUUUAAAGCACAAUGCUUUGAGUACAACAACCGCAUGUCAAGGACUACUCAACAUGUGACUUAUCCUAGAGAUAUGAGACCACUCAACAAGCCGCUGUUUGUUAAGAGGAGUGGUUUGUACUGCAAUGUAGCACAAGCUGAAGGUAAGUUUGGUUCGGAUCAAAAGAAGUGGUACUUUGAUAGCGGCUGUUCAAGACACAUGACUGGGCCUCAUACCAAUCUGUUAGAAUUUGAAAAUGUAUCUACUAGUUGGGUUACCUUCGGUGAUGGAGCAAAAGGUGAAAUCAAAGGAAAAGGAGUUACUGGUGGGAGUACACAACCUAGUGUAAGGGAUGUGUUUUUGGUUGAUGGUUUAAAGGCAAAUCUCAUUACUGUCAGUCAACUGUGUGAUGAAGGCCUGGAUGUCACUUUUACUAAACGGGAUUGCAAAGCUGUUGAUCAACAAGGAUCUAUAAAACUCGAAGGUAAGAGAUCGGGUAAUAACUGCUAUAUGUGGAAGUCAACAACUCAUUUCUUUCAUGCGUCCACUAGGACCGACACUGAGGUGUGGCAUCAGAAGCUUGGUCACCUGAACAUACGCACCAUGCAAAGACUCGCACAUCAAGACAUUGUUCGAGGAAUACCUAAACUUCAGACAGAUCAAUCGUUUGUGUGUGGACCAUGCAACAAAGGAAAACAGGUGAAGGUGUCACAUAAGGCAGUUCCUGAUGUGCGUACUGAACGUAUUUUGGAUUUGGUACACAUGGAUCUUAUGGGUCCAAUUCGUGUCAAUAGCCUGUCAGGAAAACGAUUAAUUUUCGUUCUAGUCGAUGACUUCUCUCGCUACACAUGGGUACGUUUCCUUAGGGAAAAAUCAGAUACACUUGAGUGUUUUCGCAUCUUAGCCCUUCAUAUCAAAGGUGAGAAGUGGGCUAUCAAGGCGAUACACAAUGAUCGUGGUGGUGAGUUUGUCAAUGAGCAGUUUAGUUAG